CAGCUCAAUAACAUUUAGAGUCAAUAAAAUUAUUGUUCUGCUCAUUUCUGGUAAAAUGAGCAUUGAAAAUGUCUCAACAAAAAAAUAAAUCGAAAGUCAAAGAAACGUAAAGCAACAACAGUUUGAAAACUUAAAUAAAAAAAAAGCAGAACAACGGAUUCAGCAAUUAUUUUCAGAUGCAACACAAUAAAAUGAACAACCAAACGUCUCCGAAUAAGCAAGCGUUAAUUUUUAAUCCGGUUGUUGACUACGAACUAGUGCUGAACCUCUUCCUGGAAGAAUUCAAUGGGCGUUGGAACAAUGUGCAACCCUCACUGGAGACCGGACUCGAGGGCUAUGAAGAAAUAACUAUACUCGGCUCGGGCUCAUUCGGUCAGGUGGCAUUGUGCAAGGAUAAGUCCACGGGCGAUUAUUAUGCAGCAAAACUUAUGUUGAAAGAAAAAAUUGUCAAGAUGAAGCAGGUUACACAUGUGCAUAAUGAGAAACGGGUGCUGGCCUGCAUCAAAUUUCCCUUCCUCAUUUGGCUGGAGUUCUCUCGAAAGGACUACGAUCUGCUCUACUUGGGGCUGCCAUUUGUUAAUGGCGGCGAAUUAUUCACAUAUCAUCGCAAAAUGCGCAAGUUCAAUGAAAAGCAUGCCCGCUUUUACGCCGCUCAAGUCUUUCUCGCCCUGGAGUAUUUGCAUUUCCUGCAUCUAAUCUAUCGUGACUUGAAGCCCGAGAAUGUAAUGAUCGAUAAAAAUGGUUAUAUCAAAAUAACGGAUUUCGGAUUUGUUAAGAAAGUAGAGACGCGCACUAUGACGCUAUGCGGUACUCCUGAAUACCUUGCGCCCGAGGUCAUUCAAUCACGUCCCUAUGGCUCGUGCGUGGACUGGUGGUCUUUUGGCGUGUUCAUUUAUGAAAUGGUCAAUGGUUCGUCACCCUUCGCGCCCUUCAAUCGCGACAUAAUGGUUAUGUAUGGCAAGAUUUGUGAAGGCGAAUACAAAAUGCCGCAGAGCUUCAGUUCCGAACUCAAAGACUUGGUUGAAAACUUGCUGCAAGUUGAAUUGUCGAAGCGAUUUGGCAGCUUAAUCAAUGGCAAUAAAGACAUCAAAAAUCACGACUGGUUCAGAUCCAUCGAUUGGUUUGCGAUACUCAACCAGGAAAUGCCAGCUCCUUACGUGCCACAAAUUGGUCAUGCUGAAGAUUUGUCCAAUUUUGACAAAUACCCGGAGUUUAGGCGUGGACCGAAAUCAAAAACAUGUCGCUAUUGCGAGGCUUUUGCUGAAUUUUAAAAUUAUAUUUUCAGUUUUUGUUUUUAUAUUUGCGUUUUUAACUCAAUUACUAAAUUCUUAUUAAUUACACAUAUUAAAUACUAUGGAGUUCAUUGAAAAAUAUGAUAGAUAGGU